CUUGGUCGGUCGGCCAUCACUUUUCACUGGUGCUCCGGGCGGUCGUUCCACUUCCAAGUUGUCUUCCUGGCGAGUGUGUAUUUUUGAAAAGGGGGUCUGCCUGCGUCAAGGGCGACGCAUUUCCAGGUUAUAAAAGAGAUGCCCGUCCAGGGGGCGAGCUCAUUGAGGGCUCCAUCGGGUUGACUAACCGCCAUGAAGGUUGCCGGACUUGUUUCCUCUAUUGCCAUCAUCGGUGUUCUCGUAGGCGUCCAGGCAGGUCCGACGUCGAAGCCCGCAGGGUGUGGUACCGAGAGCUUCGAGAAGUGCGGCACUGAUCUCAUCAUUUUCGCCGGGGGUCCUGUCAUUGCUAAGUCAAAGGAAGAAGUAGGAACAUCGUGUCCCAAAGAAAAGGCAUCGGAAAAGUGUGCCAGGACCUACGCUCAGAAAUGCCUGGCCAGGUUUCCUCGGGGCAUGGUCAUGCUCCUUCUGGACGGCAUUAAAACGGAAGUCAAUGGCAAAUGCAACGUCACGAGCAAUGCUGGAAAAGAGUACCUAAAGCACGCCACAUGCAUGAACAACCAGGGCGAAAAGCUUCAUCAAUGCAUGAGAGAUUUAACUCACGUUCUGGACUACAGUGUUGACGCUCCUUCAAAGAGCAGACUGGCGCUGUCAUGUUGUUCCUUUGCCACAUAUAAGGCAUGCAUGACAGAGUCCGUCAAGAAGCCCUGCGGAGGCGAUACCAGUUCUUACGUGGAUAAGCUUAUCAACGGUUAUGCAGGUGACCUCUUGGAUACCGUCUGCGCAAACUUCAAACCAGGCGCCGAUUCCUGCAAGAACCUUCCCGAGGUGCCCGCACCCCAAACCAAGUCCGGGCGUUCCAUGUCUCUCCUCUCUCCGCUGGCACGGAUUGUUACCAGUCUUAACGGCUGAUUUUCUAUAAGCGUCACACCAAAUAAGCGUCACGACCGUUGUCCACGUCCAGUCAGAGUCAGUCGGUGUAAAGCAUUUCAGCUCGGACGCCAUUACGUUCGGCGGAAAAUGUCUUACGCGAAUGGAGAGAUGGUAUGCCUUCUUCCGAAGGGAUGCAGGUGUCCAGUCACAACGCUCGUCACAAAUCAAUGGUGACUGUGACGAAUUUUUCUUCGCUUUCAUUAUGUAUUCCUCAUGAACACGCGCCAUUGUGUCAUCACCAGUUGUCAUAAUUCAUCCUCCACGUCAU